CCAGGCUCGGGCGAUUUUGUGUGCUCAGUGUGCCACAAGAUAUUCCCUCUGCAGCGCAUGUUGACCCGCCACCUCAAGUGCCACAGCCUGGUGAAAAGACAUCCUUGUCGAUUCUGUGGAAAAGGAUUUAACGAUACCUUCGACCUCAAAAGGCAUAUGCGAACACACACUGGUAUCCGUCCCUACAAAUGUGAGCUGUGUGAGAAAGCCUUCACACAGCGUUGCUCUCUGGAGUCCCAUAUGAGGAAGAUUCAUGGCAUUCACCAACAGUAUGCCUACCGCCAGCGACGGUCUAAGAUCUUUGUGUGUGAGGAUUGUGGUUACACCUCAAGCCGCCCUGAUGAGUAUUUCCUCCAUGUGAGACAGUGCCACCCUGGCAGUCCCGCCCUGCGCAGGUACUACCGCCGUCAGGCCCAUGAGAACAGCAGCUUUACAUCAGCCGACCGUAAACUCAAUCCCUAUUUGUUGUACUCAAACCCUGCAUAUUAUAUGUAG